AUUCAUCCACCAGUCUCCUUAGCGGCUCAAUAACCCAUCAGUCUGUUUAUCUACUUGACUCUUACUAGCGGAGUUUAUUUCAUAGCGUCCUCCUCAAACAGCUAACAUGACAACGGGUUCGGCUCUUUCUUUUCCGCACACAACAUAAUAUCCUUUUAUUUAAUUAGAAAAAUAUAUAAAUAAUACUCCCUUCACGACUGAGCGCUUAGAACGGGGUCCAAUCCUUCUGUUAUCCAACAUCACUUUUUUUCCCUGCCGCAUUUCAUGAUACUAGACUAAGGUGAAGAAAACAAUCGUAUUGGGGUUUUAAGACAUAAUUUUUCCCUUUCGUCUCCUCGUUUUCGUUCGCCCGCUUGUUUUCCUUCCUCUUUUUCUCUUUCUCUUCUUUCUGCUUGCGCGAACGCGAGCGGAGUGACAGAUGGCGAGUCCCUCUUCCCUCGGGAAGGAAAUCUCCGCGAAUGCAGGCGCAUGUCAAUCACCGGCUCUCAUGUGAUGGCUCUUGCCAGUGACGUGCCAACCAUAUGGCCUGGCAUCAUAGCUGGUAUGUAACCCUGCCUGGUAGCGAUGCCACACUGUCUCCGCGCUCUCGGAUAACACUCAGAAGCAGACAGCCGCACCUAUAGGAGGUUUCGCUUAGGUCCCUGAAGAUGGUUUAGACACAUGCGCUUUCACCCCUAAAGAACUCCCGCGGAGUGUCACUAUGUUGACAAGACUAUUCAGUGACCCCUCUCUGCUGCCCGAGGUACAGAAGUACUCGGGCUGGGCAGGUGACAGUGAAAGCGAGGACGCCAAAGCCAAGGACGGAGAUCAGCACUGCAGGCUGGGCGAGGACGAUCUUGAGGAAGGAGAGCAGAAGGGUAUCAGCAGUCGCGCGCAUUCAGAAAUCGCCGGUGAAGACGAGGACGAAGAUGACAUUGACGAAGACGACGGGGACGGGGACGGGGACGGGGACGGGGACGAUAUUACUGAGGGAGAUAUGCCGAAAAAGAGGGGGCCGAAAAAACGUGAGAUGACGCAGGCGCGCAUAGAGCGUUCCAAAGUGCGCCGCCAGAAGGCCAACGCUCGCGAGAGAACACGCAUGCACGACCUGAACUCGGCGCUCGAUAAUCUGCGCAAAGUGGUCCCCUGCUAUUCCAAAACGCAGAAACUCUCCAAAAUAGAGACCCUACGGCUGGCCAAAAAUUACAUAUGGGCCCUGUCCGAGAUCUUGCGUUCUGGGAAAAGACCAGACUUGGUUUCUUACGUGCAGACUCUGUGCAAAGGCCUUUCUCAACCCACAACUAAUCUGGUGGCCGGUUGUCUGCAGCUGAACUCCCGGAACUUCUUAACUGAACAGUGUCAGGAAGGAAGCCGUUUCCAUGGGCCCAGUUCCUUCUCCAUGCACCCCUAUCCGUACCAGUGCUCCCGUCUCUCCAGCCCUCAGUGUCAGUCCAGCUCUAACCCGCAUCCUUUAAGGACCCAUGGAUAUUGUUCCACCUACGACUCAGUCUACGCUGGGGGCGCCUCACCAGAGUACAACAGUCCGGAAUACGAGGGACCUCUCAGCCCUCCUGUAUGCAUCAAUGGCAAUUUCUCGUUGAAACAGCAGGACUCCGUCUCGCCUGAUGCCGAAAAGAGCUACCAUUACUCUAUGCACUACUCCGCCCUGCCCAGCUCCCGCCCUGCAGCUGCCCACAAUCUAGUGUUUGGUUCAUCGGGAGCGCGCAGCGGUGUCCACUCAGAUAACGUUAUGCCUUACCACGACAUGCACUUACACCAUGACAGGGCGCCCAUGUACGAGGAACUGAACGCUUUCUUUCACAACUGAGGAACCCUCGAGUAGCCAACUGCCACGUCCCUUUUUUAUUUCCCUUUCUUUUUUUCAAGGAAAAUAUAAGCCCGUCUAAUAAUUAUAAAACAGUUACUGUACCGUUGUCUCUAAUCCACAUAUGCUGUCACUGCUGGAAAUUUAAACAGCGCGAAAGACGAAGAGAGAUAGAACGGUCAUUAUCUAAGCGCUUGUUUUUACAUUUCUUUGGUGUUAUGUAUGGCAGUUAAUAGAUGUAACGGCAUGUGAACGUCGACACUUGUCAAACAUUCUUCUCGUAAGUCCAGUGUUGCCCAAUAUACAGACUGAUAACAAUGAAUAGUUUUGAAACUUAUUAAAAUAUAUUAUGGUCGAAUCGACACGACACAAAAUGAA